AUGAGGUCUCGCAUUGUCGUGCUGGUAGACAAUGCCAUGUGGUUGUUGCUGCAUAAAGGGGGAGAUGAAGACCGCGAGACAAGUGAAGGGAUGAUGGUUGUGAAGGUGGAGAUACAAAAAGCAAGACAAGUGGAGAGGAUGAUGGUUGUGAAGUCUCACACGAUGCAUUGUCAAACUGCCAGACAUGUUUACUGCACCGGGAUUCUAACUGUUCGCCCUGCUCCCGACUUCCUAUCGGUGUUGGUAUUCUAUAGGCGAACAGACAAGCGGUUCUCCGUCAUAGCUUCAGGCAUGGAUAGGACUGUCAUUACGCUAUGGGUGUUAGUUAUCCUGGACAGUUGUACAGCAUACGAGCGACAAUCGUUUAACUCGUACAGCUCCUGGUCAAGAAGCAAUUCUAGAAAUGGCUACCAAUCAUCCAGCUCAUCUGCCGCGGCGGCAGCUGCAGCAGCGUCGGCAGGUGCUGGCUAUGGAUCAUCCGCAGCUGCAUCUGCUUCGGCAUCAGCCUCCGCUUCUUCCUCGGUAGGGCGAUACAGAUCUGCUGAGCAGCAGCCCCGGCCUCAGCAGUACAGAUCUCCAAACGGCUACUCCUCGCCCUUUGAAGGGAGUCUGAGGACCUCGAGACCCAACGGUGCGGCGCCGCGACCUACAGCCAGACCUUCGACCUACUAUCGUCGUAAUGGCGCCGGCUCCGCGCCUCCCAGCACCAAGCAGUGCACGUCUUCGUUGCAGUGUUACUGCUGUAGGUGGUCGUCAAGGGAAGAGCCCACUCAGCAGGUGUGUUCACAGCCUCGCGUUAUCCUGACCCACAGCGAGGUCUGUAUACAGUGGUCUGGAUCCAGCUGUGUCGACUCGCAAAGGCAAAUCAGUCAGGAAACCGACGGCAGUAUAAGUCAACCAUGUAGCUCCACCCGAGCCGUUAGAGAGUGUGAUAACUGCUGUGCCACGGCGAUAAACCUGUUACGUCAGGCUCUGUGCGGCACCUCCCCCACCAAUGGGAGGAGGAGGAAUGGCGGCUACUACCCCGAGACAGGUCGACCUGGAGCAGGUGUCCAGAGGCAGCUGGAACGACAGAGACAGGUAGAGCGAGAGAGACAGAUCGAAAGAGAGAGGCAAGUAGAGAUCGAGAGACAGAGACAGAUUGAGCGCGAACGACAGGCGGAGUUAGAUAGACAGCGAGAAGCGGAGGCAGAGAGACAGAGGCAGGAAGAGGAAGCACGUAGGAAAGCGGAAGAGGCAGCGAGGCAGGCCGCUUACGAAGCUGCGCUGGCGAGUCAGAGACAGACCACUGAUGCUGCGGAGAGAAGGGCACAGGAGCUUGCCGACCGACUGGCAGAGCUUGAGGCACAGUAUCAAGCCAAAGUUCAAGCUCAGGCUCAAGCUGAGGCCGAGGCUCAGAGGAAAGCUGAGGAAGAGGCUGCACGCCAGGCGGAUAUCGAGCGACAGAGGCAGGCAGAUUUACAGGUGCAGCAAGAAGCUGCAGAUUUAGCUCAGAGGGAAGCCGACGCGGCUCAGCGCCGGGCAGACCUUGAAGCAGACGCGUUGGCUGCUCUCCUGGCGGACCAGAACGGACAGAGAGAGGCAGACGAACGGGCGGCCGCGGAAGAAGAACGCAGACGGCAGCUGGACAGCGACAGACUCGCAGACGCCGUGGCGCGAUGUGCGGAGGAACUCGAGAGACAGCGGGCGGAGCUAGAAAACGCUCGGAUACAGGCGCAGCUCGAAGCCGAGGAACUGGCGAAGAUAGAAGCAGAGGAAAAGUCGAGGAAGGCGAUGCAGAGAAUCCACGACCUGUCGUUAAGGAGACCGACGCACCGUCCGAAAUAUAGACCGCCCCAGAGAUCGCAGUACAAGCCUCCUCGAAAACUGCAGCCAACGCCUCAGUACCCGUACGAUCGGCGACCGCAGCCGACGUCACGCUACCGACCCCAGCCUACGUCACAGUACAGAAGACCUGCGCCCACAUCACAAUACAGAAGACCUGCGCCCACGUCACAAUACAGACCUCGGCGUCCUUAUCAACCGACGUCACAGUACCAGCCGCAGAGACAGCCGGUUCGCCAGCCUCAGACUCUGUGCAGGGGCGACAAGGAGGUGGAGCCCUGUAGCUCGUCCAGAGCAACUUCUUACCCUCAGAGGCAGCCGUAUAGAAAUGGAUCCUCCCGUGCCCAGAUAUCCUGCUGCACGACCUCCCUGGCCAUCAAGACGGCGUGCUGCUCUGCAGGGUUUUCACGCUUCUCCUCCCAGGAUUGCUGCACGAGCAAGAGCGAUCAGGGGACCAACGGUUCACGUGGAUCGAGGUAUCCCUCCUCGAAUGGACGGCCCAACUGCUGUUCUUCAUCCACCGCCGCGCUCACCUCGUGUUGUGUGAGUGUCAACUGGAUCGCCGUCUGCUGUUGAGGUGUGUCACCUCUAGGCAUCUUAGUUAUUAACACUGAUAUAGACUAGUUAACACUGAUAUAUGCCAGUUAACCGCGAUAUACCGUAAAUCCUUGAAUAUAAGCCUGAUUAGAGGCCAGGUCUGAAAGCGUGUUGGGGAAAAUAUACGCCUGCCUUGAUUAGAGGCCGGGUUUCAGAGCUUCAUUUGGGCAAAAUAGAGGCCUGCCUUGAAUACAAACCUGCCCUGUCAGGUCAGGCCAGGUCAGGCCAGGUCAUAGGGUUUAACGUGCAUAUUCAGAGCAAACUGUCAUGGGCGCAGGUGUCGAGGUACGCCAACACCUUCGUCCAGGACUGGAAAGGGUUUGGGAGUGGGUGGGAGAAUGGACCACACCACGCUUGGCAAGUGCAAGAGAGCACUAGCAGCACGACCAGAAGCCUAUCUUACAUAUCUAGCUUUGUCAGGUUAAUGAUCAUGUUAUAUUCGUCACUUCCCAUCAUGGCAUCAAAAGCUUAUUACCACAAGGUGAGAACAACAGAAAAGAAGGACUUUUUUUGUACCUCCUCAGUGAGGUAGGAGAUGUCCUCAGGUAUAAAGCAACGUUUGGAAGUCUACAUUAAAAGAUGAUAUUACAACAAGGUCAUGUUAGAAAUGUUUUAAUGCUAAAAAUGGGCACCUACCUUGUACAGAAGCCUAUCUUGAAUAGAUGCCGAGUCUCGGUGCAUCACAAAAAAAAAAAAUACAAGCCUGGCCUUACAGUCAAGGAUUUACGGUACGCUGCAAAAAUAUUGAGGCGUUUUUAGUUAUUAGCUAUGAUGCAUUCUUGAAAUACAUAUCUUAGUUAUUAUCACUGAUACGUACUACAAAUGAACCUGGGUAGUUUAGUUAGUAACCAUGAUAUAUACUAUAAAAUAAUGUAGGUAGUAACAUAUAGUGUAUAACAGAUCAUAGGUAGUUUAGUUAUUAACAGAAAUAUAUUGGAUAAAUUAAUCUAGGUAAUUUAGUUGUUAGCAGUAAUAUAUUGUAUAAAAUAAUCUACCUAGUUUAGUUAUUAACAAUAACAUAUUACAUAACAUAAUCUACGUAGUUUAGUUUUUAACAGUUAUACAGUAUAUAAUAAUUAUUAAUAGUGAUAUAUAUUCUACAAAAUGUCUACGUUGUUUAGUUAUUGAUAUAUUAAAUAUUUUAGGUAGUUUUGGUUAUUAACAAUGAUAUAUACUUAAACAAAUAUACUAUAGGUAGUUUAGUUACUGUCCGUGAUAUAUCAAAUAAAACGUAUCUAGGUAGUUUUGUUAUCAAUAGUGAUAUAUUCAGCGAAACCUUUAGGUAUUUGGUUUUACUAACAGAAAAAUAUAGAUAGUUAUUAACAGUGACAUAUUCUACAAACAUCUAGUUAUUUUAGUAAGCAACUUACUACCGGUGAUAUAAACAAAAUCUAGGCUAUUUAGUUAUCAUUAACUAUAUAUCUUUUUUUUAAACCUGUAGGUAGAUUAGUUAUUAACUGUGGUAUAUUAUAUAACAAAAUCUAGAUAGUCUAGUUAUUAACAGACAUAUUCUAUUUGAAAACGCUCGAUAUUUUCUAUUUUAAUUUGAUAUUAUAUACUCUUCAA